GCCUUACGACGACGAAGAUCAGUGUGCUGGGCGACCAGACCGUCCGCGGUGCGCCGGGACGACGGCUGCUGAUCGGUGAGGGUGCCAUCGGGAACGGCGUCCAGUGCGGCAUCGACGUGGGCAUGGUCGUGACGAAUAUCGCCAACAUGGGCUUGGCCAUUAACGGUGCCGUCAACUCAGGAAUGUGCGGUUGGAAAGCAAAGGCGUCCCCUUUGAACAAGCUCACCGGAAUCCCGGAGGCGCUGUGCACUGUCGACAUCGGCGGGGCGGUGACGUACAUCAGCCAGGUCGUGACCUUCAUUAACUUGAUCGUCGUCCACUGCAACGAUUUCCUUGAUAUCAGUGCCCUCUGUGGGGCCAGCGUGGCAGGGAUCACUACUGCGGCGGCCGCUAUUUCGCCAUAUGGUGCAGCCGUCCAUGCUGCCUGCCGAGAGAAUCACAUAGCCAAGAGCCCAAAGCUCCAGGAGAAGAUCAACGGUCUCUAUGAUGUGCCCGAUGUGCCCAGGCGCCUCACCGAACUCAAGGAUGCUAUGGCAAAUGUUCGAGAGAUCCGUGGGCGGCUGGAAAAAGAGCUGGGCUUCAAUGCAUCCUCCGCUCGGGGUGACAGCUUCUCGGAAGCGAACAUGGAGAUGCUCCUACACCUCAUGGAGGGCGAGUCGGGCCAGGAGAAGGCAUCCACAGGCCUUUGGCCAUUUUCGCAAUGUGAAGCGUGA